ACCAAGAGGCCAUUCAUGCAGCGAUCACUUUACGCGCCCCAGAUAAGCAGCGUUACCCUGGUCAAGUGAGUGAGCGAGGAAAGAAGAGAGAGGGGAAGAGACGGCAGAGACGGCAAAGAGAGAGGCAGAGAAUUUGAUUUUCAUCAUCAUCAUCACCACCAUCACCAUCAUCAUCGGAGGUCCCGCGAUGGACCUCGCCAGCUCCACCCCGACGGCGAGCGCGCACGGCGGCCUCAACGCGAGCGCCGUCUGCGACGUCGCCCCCUGCCCCGUGAACCUCACCCUCGACGCCGAAAAGUUCUGCAACGCGACCACCAUCUGGGACUCCAUCUACGUGUUCGUCCCCGCCGCGUACUACGUCAUCCUGGCGCUGGGCGUCGUCGGCAACCUCUCCGUCAUCCUGGUGCUCUGCCUGCAGGCCACCAAGCGCACGGCGGCGGAGAUCUACCUGCUGAACCUGGCCUGCGCCGACCUCCUCUUCGUUUGCACGCUGCCGCUGUGGGCCAUCAACAUCACGCGCAAAUACGACUGGCCGUUCGGCGACGCGCUGUGCCGCGCCGUCGGAGGCCUCGUGUACGUCAACAUGUACGGCAGCGUCUACUUCCUGACGGCCAUCAGCGUCGAGCGCUACUUCGCCGUCGCGAAGCCCAUGUCGCUGGGCCUGCGACGGACUCGGUCGUGCGCGCGCCGCGUCUGCCUACUCGUGUGGGCCGCCACGGCCGUCUUCAGCUUGCCCGUGUUCGUGUUCCGCGGCACGCUCUUCCUCAAGGAGUACAACAUCACGGCGUGCGUCAACCAGGCGAACACGGGCUGGCUGAUGGCCAACUACGCCUUCCUCAACGUCGCCGGCUUCCUCCUGCCCCUCGGCGUCAUGCUGUUCUGCGCGUGGCACAUCGUCCAGGAGUUGCGCAGGUCCUUCCAGAAGACGAGGCAGAACGAGAAGAGGGUGACCGUGCUCAUGUGCGUCAUGGUGCUCGCCUUCUUCAUCUGCUGGAUGCCCGUCCACUUCUUCCUCUUCCUCGAUUUCCUCAUUCGACGCGAUGUCAUCACGGGCUGCGACGCCACGGAGGCCAUCGAGGCCGGCGUCCAGAUCCUCACGGUAGUGGGUUACGCCAACAGCUGCCUCAACCCGCUCAUCUACGUCUUCCUCGGGAAGAUGUAUCGGGAGAGGGCCUCGCAGAUCCUGCGCCGCGUCGCCGCCUUCUUGCGGAGCUCGUCGAUGCAGAACAUGAGCCAGUCGUCGCGAUCGCAGAGCGUCACCACGGUGUUCCGCGUGUCGCAGACCAACCUCACGUCCGUCAUUCAGUCCAACGUCGCAGCAUUGUGAGCGACGCGCGUUCGUUUCAAACCGGCUCCGCUAUUUCGACAAAGUUUGCGGUCCUGCAACUGCUCAAUAAGUUUGACCGUGGAUGAGAAUUAUCGGGGCCAUGGUUGAGUCGUAUUUGCCUGAGUGGCUGGGCUGCGUGGGGGGGGGGGGGUCACCAAAAUGACAAAAGCAAAUCAGGACAGAAAGCUGAGGAAUUGAAAAAAAUACUGCCAAAAAUAAUUUCCACCGCGGUGCAAAUCGGUUCUGGCAAAUCAAAGAAGACAGUGCUGGCUGCGUUGAUGAAGACGGGGGGGGGAGGCGCAGACGUGGGGAGCAUGUAAGUGCAGUGGACUAAUGGCUGCCCUCUGCUGCCUAUAUCACGUGUUACGCGCGGGUGUCGCUAACCAAAAACACCAGACGGUGGCGAGUUGUUUAGUACCUAGCGUUGUAUGCUGGACGUCGUGGGUUCAAUCCCGACCCUGAUGCCUGUUGUAUAUUUUAAGUUUGCAUGUCUCUCUCUCUCCCCGUAGUGGCGUGGAUUUUUCUGCGUGUUCUCCGCUCCACAUUUAGAAACCGUGCGUUCAGAGUGUUUUGCUGCUGAUUUCCACUUUUACGUGAUAAGCCACUUCGUUGAGCUGUCAUUUGUGGCCAAGUCGCUUCUUCGAAAGAGCUAUAUAACUCAGUGGACCUUACCUGGUAAAAUAUACUUAUAUAUACACAGACGUUGAACUCUCCCACCUCUCUGACAUCGCUAUGUACUGUGAAGGGUCAUUGUCUGAAACGUCGCCUGUUAUAUACUUCAAAUGUUUAAGGCCACGCACUGUCAUUGACGAAUGUUUUUUUUUCGUUAUUUGCGGCAGUAUCAACUAGACGCGACCUGGCCACAAAUUAAUUUUAACCGUUCUGAUAGCUACAGGCGCAGUGCUGCUUGAAAACGAAUUAUCAAGUAAUACCACACUGUUUAACUGCAUGCCGAUACAGUUCCCUAUACGUCAAUAGUGAUUAACUGAGCAGACAAUAACAAGUAUUGCGAUUUCUUGCACCCAAAAA